CACACACACUAGAGCCUCAUCACACACACGCUAGAGCCUCAUCACACACACACACACACUUCUCUCCUGUGUGUUCCUCUGCUAAAUCGAGGUCUGUGGAGCAUCUUGAGAUCUCUCUGACCAUGGAACAGAGUUUAAUGCCGCGCGCUUUAUGGACCAACGACAGCAAAUUUCUCCACCAUCAUGUCCCUGAUUUCUUCACCAGUGUCCAGGUUACACAGGACAUACCGGCAGGAGUGUCUUUCGGUCCUUGUGUGCUUCAUAAUACUAUUUAUGACACAAUAGCGUUCAUCGCAUUGAAGUCGUUUGACAGAGGAGGGAAAGCCUACGUGUUCAGAGUAGAUCCGGAUGCAUUGAAGAGCUCUCCGUUAGUGGUUCCUUGGCUCAGGUUGGUGCAGGCUGCUAUGGACACAGAAGAGCAGAACACUGAGGCCUAUCUGAAGGCCGGCCAGCUGUAUUUCCGCACUAUCCGAGAUAUUAGCCAAGGGGAGGAACUGCUCGUCUGGUACGACGAGGAGCUGUCUCAUCUUUUGGGCUUUAGCGACAUUAAAACCAGGGCCCUGACAGAUGGUUACUCGUGUGGGAAGUGCGGACUGGCCUUUAAGCACGAAAACCCUUUUUUAGCUCACUGUCGCUUUUUGUGCGCGCAAGUUAAAGUGGACAUCGUGCGAGGAGAAAGCGAACAGAAACACGCUGAAACACGGCGACGACGAAGUGUCACUGACUUCCACAACAUCGCAAGGGACUUGGAAGAUAAAAAGUCGGGCUCGUCAGAGGAUCGAAAAAGAAGGAACGACGAAGCUUUGAGUCCGAAAUGCAGAAAACCUGUUUUGCUGGAGAAAAAGAACAUGGCCAAUCAUAACAAUAUGACACACGUCCACAAAGACUAUCCACAUGACCAUGAUUUUACGGAACCGACCAUGAAAGUCUCCAGUUCUCCAACCUCUAAAUCAAAAAGCGCCAAAAGCAGUGCGUUUGUCGAGACCAAGAAAACGAAAUCGGAUCAGCCAUCCAAGGUAGAGGAUAUAACACGAGAAAACCCAUCCGUAUCGACUUUACAGUUGGACAGAGAGGCUGCUUUGGGCCUUCAGUCCGAAUCCAGCGCCUUUUUGCUUUGGAGUGCGCAUGCGGAGCAAAAGAGCGCUUUCUGCAAACCCAGCAGGCUCAGCAUCCCUGAGGACCAGCAGCAUCAGAGACCCGUCGGCCUUUCGGAUGAUGUUACAGAACAGGCAGCUUUGGGAUACAGACAUAUGUUGCCGUCUCACUUGUUUCAAGGCGACAUACCCAGCACACAAACUGUCUCGCCGGCUACCAUGAGCGCUCCUGUUUCCUUUCAUUACGCACCGGAAAUGUGGUGCAGGAACAUCAGUGGCCCUUUACAGCCCACCUCUUCUCUCAGACUUCUUCCUCCUACUCUUAGUUCUAUGGCCGUGACUGUGCAGAACUGGUGCGCUAAGUGCAACCUCUCAUUCCGGAUGACUUCGGACUUAGUGUUUCACAUGCGCUCGCACCACAAGAAAGAGUUUGCCGCCGAGGCUCAGAGUCGGAGGAGACGAGAGGAGAAACUUACCUGUCCAAUCUGUCAUGAAUACUUCCGCGAACGUCAUCAUCUCUCACGUCACAUGACUUCACAUAACUGAUCGAAGGACUAAAAACAAAUGUUUUCAUACGGUUUGGUGCAUCAAGCCAUGCGUAUAACAGAGUGCAAUGACUAA